AUGUCAAACAAUAAGAUGAAGGGACUCUUAAAGGGUCUCAGAUACAUCUCUCAAAUAUUUGAUAAUGAAAAAGAGCCUGAAAUGCAGAUUGGUUAUCCCACAGAUGUAAAGCACGUCGCCCAUAUAGGAUGGGAUGGACCCUCUGUUAACUCACCAAGCUGGAUGAAUGAGUUUAAGGGACCAUUAGAUAGUGCUCCCAAGGAUGAUGCUUCUGAAGAUUCAAGCCGAAAAAACACAACCUUGCAGUAUUCUCCAGGCCGAGAUUUCCCAGCAUUGCCUAAAUCUACAAGACAUCGCACGGUAUCAGAUGGUGCGGCAUCUAACUCGCCUACUAAGGAAAAAUCGGAUAAACCUAGGCAAUCAAGACGAUCCUCAAAGCAAUCGAUUAAGGAAUUAUCGGAAGGAAGCACCAGAUCAUCCAGAAGAGUCAAGGAAGCAUCAUGCCAAGGCAUUGACUCUCCCUCUCGCCACAGCCUUCCUGACAUCCCCAAAAAAUCUAGGCGGAAGAAAUCUGACUCAGUUGGAGGUGGAUCUACAAGAUCAUCCCGGCGAGCUCAUGCAUCCGACUCGGACCAAGUUCCAGACACAGUGUCAGAACCCGGAUCCAUAUCAAUCCACAAUGGCGAAGACAACUGUCUAAGCUCAAGUCUAGAUGGUUAUGGAAGAGAGGAAAGGGGAUCAGUAGAGUUUCUUGAGAUAAGUUGGUUUCAUUUCUUUUGA